AUGGACGAACACGGACAACAAGAAGCGGCGAUACAACGUUUGUGCGAUUUGAGCGACCAAAUCGACGCAGCUCGAGACGCGAAUCGGUUUCGCCAAGCCGUGGAAUUGAUGCUCGAACAGGUCAGAUUGUUCAAGAUUCAAGCGACGUUGAGCGAAGACGAAAAGGAAGCGAUGGAACCGUUGAUUCAAUCCGCUUUGGAGGAGAUUGAAGAGAUGCGAGGGAAAGUGCAAAGAGAAGAAGAAGUUAAAGAAGAAGCGUCGAAGAGGAAGGAGAACGAUACGAGAGACCCCGCGAGUGGUGGUGCCGAUGCCGGUGCUCCUCCUCCGCAAACGACGACGACGAGUAAGAACACGCUCGUCGAAGUUGAUAGAAACACGGUUUCGACGAAAGUGCUCUCGUCGCCGCCACCGGCGAUGAAACCAGCCGCCUCGGCGGCCGCGAGAGAUAACGGAAGGACUGCGACGACGAGAGGAGGAAAAGUAUUAAAAGAAGAAGACAAAGAAGAAGAAAACAAGAACAAGAACACCAAUACCAACAACGAGAACAAAACGACGGCAAAAACCACCACCGCGAACGUGUUAGAAACGAAAGCGGCGUGGGGGAUACCCGCGAGUGACGAAGAAGAGGAGAACAGAGACGAAGAAGAUGAGGUUUUCCGCGUGAUUGAGGUUGCGAAACAGCAAGACAGCAAGCGAGAAAAAUCCUACGAAGAGUUGAAGAAAGAGCAAAAAGAAGAGAAAGAGAAGAAAACUCUGACGAUAAUGGAACAGUUGAAAGAAAACGCGAGGAAAGAACGAGAGGCAAAGCUAUCGAUUCCACCAAUUCAACGCGUGGUGAACUACGGGAAACCACCACCAUCGAUACGCGACGAGAAACGAAAAUUGGUGACUACUAGAACGAUGGAUCCGAGAGAGGAGGAAAAGAAAGGCCGCCGACAGUCGCCGAGGAAAAAUCACAGCAAUAACAAACGCGGCGGGACGUCUGGAGCUUCGCGGUACCGCGUUGAUGACGAUGAUGAUAACGGCAUGACGUACAACAACAAUAACAACAACAACACUAGAAAACGAGGACACAAUAAAAGGGUAUCUGCGGACGCGUUGCGCGAUGACGAUGACGAUGAUGAAGACGUCGUGAUUUGCGACGACGAACACCACCACGCCAAUGAAGCACCCGGAGCGAAACCCAAAACUGCAAGGUUCAUGUCCGCGGGCGAUAAGUUAGAUUUCGACCGCGCGCAAAAAGGACUGGCUCCAAUCGUGCAGCCGUAUCGCGAGGCGAAAGAGCAAGCGUUACUGAAAGCGGGUAGCGGUGGCGGUAGAAGUUCCGUUCCGGGUGCACCAGGCGGGUUUAUCGGUCCGUUCGGCCAUCUGAACGGUGGAAAUAAUAAUAAUAAUAGCAACGGUCAACAGAAAAACAAAGACGAUCCGAACGGUGAUUCCGGCCCGGCCUUUUCCGAGCUCGCGUUGAAACGAUUACAACCGACUGGUAAAGAAGUCAUUCCAGAUGAAAUUUUGAAACUCGAACGCGAUAUCGUCGAACGCGUCAUCGGCGAAGUUCUCGAUAAACCGGGCACGGUAUCUUGGGACAGCAUCGUUGGUCUCGAACACGCGAAGAAUGCCGUGCAAGAGCUCGCAGUAUGGCCGAUGACGAAUCCGGAACUCUUCACCGGCGCUCGCGCAGUGCCCAAAGGUUUGCUCUUGUUUGGUCCUCCCGGUACCGGGAAAACUAUGAUCGGGAAAGCCGUCGCCUCGCAAUGCAAAGCGACGUUCUUUUCAAUCUCAGCAUCUUCAUUAACCUCUAAAUGGAUUGGCGACGGCGAGAAAAUGGUGCGCGCGUUGUUUGCGGUCGCGAGACACUGCGCGCCUUCAGUGAUAUUCGUGGACGAGAUUGACUCUUUACUCUCGGCGCGAAAAUCUGAAGGUGAACACGAGUCGUCGAGACGAAUGAAAACGGAAUUUCUCGUCCAAAUGGACGGAUUAGGAGGCGAAGAUCCAACGAAACCGAUGCUACUCAUUGGAGCUACGAAUAGACCGCAAGAGCUGGACGAUGGGGCGCGACGACGUCUGGCCAAACAGCUCUACAUUCCUUUGCCGUGCGCGGCGGCGAGACGAGAUAUGAUUUUGAAAACGUUAAAUCCGGAUGGCGAUGGAAAAGUGAAACACGCGUUAACCGAGAAAGAUUUAGACGUAAUUUGUGAGAAAACUGAUGGAUAUUCCGGCUCGGAUUUGAAGAACUUGGUGCAAGAAGCUGCUCGAGCACCUCUGCGCGAGUUGUUUGUGAAGAAGAAAGCUAAAACUGGAAGCGAGAAAGAAGACGGUGGCGGCGAUGUCGUUGACUUGACGAAAGCGGGCGAAGACGAAGCGCAAGAACUGCGCGAGAUUCGCAUAGAUGAUAUUCGUAAAGCAGCAAAACAGGUUCGCGCGUCGGUGACCCGGGCUGAUAUUGAGUUUCACGAAGAAUGGAACAAAAAGCACGGCGCUUUGACCGCGGACGAAGUGGAAGACGACGGCGAAUGGUAA